GUUAUUCAGUACAGUGAAAACCAAACCAUGACGAUGAAGGGAAGAACAGUACUUCUGCUGCUUUUGAUUAUUUACUUGGAUGUAUGCUUUUCUUUUUUAUGUUGUUCUAGAGGUAGAAAGUGCCGGAUUUGCAAGUUCCCCCCGAUCAGAAGAAACUUAGGGUUUAAUAAUAGAGGACUUUUUAGAAAUCAGCUUAAUCAACUUGAUCGACUGAAUCAACUGAAUCAACUGAAACAACGUAUUUUGUUGCGUAACCUUGGAAAAACAACAAACAGGAACAGGAAUGGUCCCCGAUUAAACCCUUCUCCUGAAAAACCAAAAAUUGUCCCCUCACGUCCAAGGAUCACAGGGAUCUCCAAGAUAUUAGGCGCGACACCGCAUCAGAUGAAGUUAUAAAGUCAUUAUCUGUAUUCCAUGUCGUUAAGAUGUGUUGAUUUAUUAUUCUAUAUUGUUUUUGUUUGUUGAUAAUACAAUUAUAUUUUAAAUUUGUAAA